GAUGAAAAGACGUAAACAACAUCAUAUCAUCAUUGCAAAGGAAUUAGCUUAUGCAACAUAAAGACAUACAAUAGCAACGUGGCUUGUUUUUGUGUACGGGUUAUUAGAGUAACCUUUUGUCUACAAUUUGUUUUGAAAGCGAUAAACACGUCUAUACGGGAACUGAUACGGGACGUUUCACGCAAAACUUAUCAGAUUUCAUUUGCGUUACAAGUGCUCGUCACAGCAAACGUCGUACCAGUUGGGCAACUUUUUGAAGAAAUUUAGAGGACUUUCAAGUGCUUUUGGUUGUUGCAAGUGCCUUGAAACUUGCUGUGGUAUCUAGGUAAGUUGAGCCCAGACAGCAGCAAUAUGAGCGACACAGGUGGCUCGGAAGGCUUGACCAAAGAAGAUCUACAAGAAAAACUCUUCCGCUUAGGAUUGCCUUUCAAAGCUGUCCUCAGAAUGACUUUAGAAGAAUUGCAACGAGAACUAAAUAAAAUUGAAGAUGAGAAACAAAGGGAGCAUUCGGAUGAGGAGGUUAAUGGUAUUUUAGCAAAUUGUACAUGUGAAGACCUGAACAAAUUAGUUGAACGGUAUGGCGUGAGAGCAGAAAACGUGACAGAUGACAAAACGAGGAAAGAAAGAAUUAGAUAUCAAAUGACAAAGAAAUUUGCUCGCCACGGCUCAACUGCAGAGAUGUUAGGAGGUCUUUGGGGCGACAUCUGCAAGUUCAAGGGCGCCUGCACUUCGCUUGCUGCUGUUGGGGAAGAACUAGAACGCUUUCUGGAAGACAUUAAGCGAGACGAGAAGCUCCGGCAUGCUUUGCUACGUGAUUACGGUGAAGAUGAAUUAGAUAAAGGAGUUAGAGAUGGCUUGGGUCAUUUGCGAAAAGGCGAAUGUCCAGUUGUUGUCACUGGCGAAACUUCAGCCGGUAAAAGUAGUUUUCUAAACUUGUUGUUGGAAGGAAUCUCUCUGGACGGACAACGCCUUGAGCUACCAAAGAGUGAGCAAAUGACAACCUCUUGCAUUUGUGAGAUAAAGCAUGGCGAAGAGCGAGAGCUUAUAGCACAUUACAACAAACCUCGUGAGAGAGAAACAGACAUUGAGAUUAUUAAAAACCCGACAAUAGAUCAUCUAAACAAAAUCUUGAACGUUAAACACAGCGGACAAGCAGGUUCAGCUAAUUUUUCGAUGUACAAGAAAAUUGAGCUUCGUGUUCCUGUAGACUUUCUGAAGUGCGGAAUCGUUCUUGUAGACACUCCUGGUGUCACUGGCGAAACUGAAAUGAAAAAAUUUGUGUCGGAAUAUCUGGAACAUUCUGUAGCAUUCAUCUACAUCUUGAACACGGCUGUUAAUGUUUAUCAGGCUUGACAAAAGCUUUAGUGUAACAUCCCGACCACCAAAAUUGAGCACAUUGUCACUAAGAAAAGACCUAGUCGUGAAAGACGACACAGAAGCCAUCAAUUCAUCACAGUCUACAUAGACGACUCUCGAGCUUCCAUUUCAAAUCACUGAAAAAGAAGAUUUGUUACUGUAUAGCGGUAUUCUAUAUCUAUUGUGUAUACAUUCCAACUCUGGUACAUAUCUAUACUAUAUACCCUUACACUCUUCCUUCUUUACCAAAAACAGGAGUUCUCUUACUCUAUGCUAGCACAACAUAUAAUCUGCUAAAUAUGCUGGCAUUUUAGCUAUUCUACCACUACUUUACUGAGU